AAAACCGCCUUUCUCAGUCUAAAAUAAAUUCACUUCCUCAUCUACUUCUCAAACUCUCUCUCUCUCUCCUCUCUUUCUCUCUCUCACUCUCUGUUUUAUAGUUUUGCUCUGAUCUUUCAGUCUCAAUCUCAUAAACAGUUUCUCAAUUCUCUUAAAAAAAAAAAAAAUUCUCUGGGUUUGUAGUAUUUUGUUUAUAUCAUAAUCUUCUUCUGUAAUUCUUUUCUUUUCUUUUCUUUUCUUUUUUCAUUUCUCUUCCUGUACAUACUUGAGAAAGAAGACAGAGCAUCUAUCAUCGAUCAUCAAUGGCUGCCAACAAAUUCGCAACCAUGCUUCACAGAAACACCAACAAGAUCACUCUAAUCCUCGUCUACGCUAUCCUCGAAUGGAUUCUCAUCAUUCUUCUACUCCUCAACUCUCUGUUUUCCUUUCUAAUCGUCAAAUUUGCAGAUUACUUCGGUCUUAAACGGCCCUGUUUAUGGUGUUCCAGACUCGAUCACAUAUUCGAACCAGGAAAAUCUCAGAAUUUCCAUAGAGAUCUUCUCUGUGAAGCUCAUGCAUCUGAGAUUUCCAAUCUGGGUUACUGUCAGAAUCAUCGGAAACUCGCGGAAUCUCAGGAUAUGUGCGAGGACUGCUCGUCCUCUUCGCAGGUGCCGGAAUGUCAAGAAUGGUCGAGAAAGUUCGCUUUCUUUCCAUGGAUGAAACAGAUUGGUAUGAUUCAGGAAAAGGGUGUUGAUGAUGGUGAAAAAGGAGUCAUCGAAAAUGGGGAGGAGGAAAAUUCGAGCUGUUCUUGCUGCGGUGUUAUAUUGAACAGCAAGAAAUUUUACCCUCCUUGUAUUCUGAUUAAACCUUCUUGGGAUGUUUUGGAUUAUACCCAGAAAGAGAAUUUGAUUCUGGAAUCUGGGAUUGAUGCUCAUACAGAUGAAGUUGAUCACUCAGAUCAUAGCAGAUCAGAAUUCGUGACCGAUCAUCAAGAUGAUGAUGAACAGGGUAUUGAAGAUGAAAGCAGAAACCUGUUGGUUGAAGGGUUAGAGGCAGAGAGAGAGGCCAAGGCAGAGGAGGCCGAGGCAGAGGCUAUUUGGGAAUUUAGUUGCAGAGAAAUUGUGGCUGAAGAAGAUGAUGAGAAAGUGAGCAUGGUUAUGGAAAAAGAGAAAGAACAAGUACCCAUUGAAGAGGAAAAGUUGGAACAAGUACCCAUUGAAGAGGAAAAGUUGGAUAUUUCUAUGGUUUUUGAUCAUCAACCUCGUGAGCAGACUAUGAUACAUGUCGGUAGCGGCGAAGACUCAACCUCGAAAACUCCUCCUCCUACUCCUCAUCAACAUUUGGAGUUCUUUAUUGGCCGUGAUGAUUGUACAUUGAUUCCAAUUGGAUUGGUGAAGUCAUCCACCACCACAGCCAAGAAGAAGCAAACCCACCAUAAAUAUAAGGUGGAAGAAUCAGAGAAUUCUGGUAAUCUAGAUCUUAUUUUGGACUUCGAUAUGAGUGUCAAGAAAGGAGCUGAACCAGUUGGAGAGAAUUGGCGUAGUUCAGGAAGAGAAAGAGUAGCGUUUGUUUCAUCUGAUAAAGGUAAGGACAUGACCGAUUUCGCGGUGUUUGAAUCAAUGGAUUUCAGCAAGAAUGGUAGAUUUUCAGUCAUUCAUGAAGAAGAUGAAGAAGGAGAAGAAGAUGAUGAUGAACAAGAAGAAGAAGGAGAUUUAGCCGCAAAGGAAUUUCAACGAGUUGCUAUCACUCAAGCAACUCAAACCCCAUCUGAGAACGGUGAUGAUGAUGAUAAAGAAAUUGGUCAAGAAUUCACAGCAAUGGAACAAGGAGGACUUGAUUCAGAAUUCCUUCAAGCUUUUGAGGAUGAUUCUAAUGUGAGAAAUGAUGAAACUGAUGCUGAGAUCUCGAUAGGGACAGAGAUUCCUGAUCAGGAACCAAUCGACGAGAUUCAAACUCGAGAACACGAGCCCUCAUAUUCCUGUGGACAAGAUGAGCCUGCCACUAGUUCCAUCAACUUGCAUGUUGAUGACAAUCUUGACUCUAAGCAAGCUGAGGAUGAAUUCGUAGAAUUCAAGACCUUAUCUGUCGAGACGAGUAGGAAAGACAUAAACAAUCAUUUAGCAAUGUAUUCAGAAACUGAAGAAGAGAAAAUCCCUGAUACACCGACUUCUAUAGACAGUCUCCACAUGUUGCACAAGAAGUUGUUUUUGCUAGAGAGAAGAGAAUCAGCAACAGAAGACUCAUUGGAUGGAAGCGUGAUGAGUGAUAUCGAUGGUGGCGAUGGAGUUCUUACAGUCGAGAAGUUAAAAUCAGCAUUGAGAACCGAAAGGAAGACGUUGAAUGCAUUGUAUGCAGAAUUGGAAGAAGAGAGAAGUGCUUCAGCGGUUGCAGCCAACCAGACAAUGGCAAUGAUAAAUAGGCUGCAGGAAGAAAAAGCAGCAAUGCAAAUGGAAGCCUUGCAGUACCAGAGAAUGAUGGAAGAGCAAUCUGAAUACGACCAAGAAGCCUUGCAGCUUCUGAAUGAGCUCAUGAUCAAGAGGGAGAAAGAGAAGCAAGAACUCGAAAGGGAGCUCGAAUUUUAUCGAAGGAGGGUUCAGGAUUACGAAGCAAAGGAAAAGAUGAUGUUGAAGAGGUUGAAAGAGAGUAGCUCAAGAAGUUGUAGCAAUGCUGAAGAUAGUGAUGGUGUAUCGGUUGAUUUGAAUCAUGAAGCUAAGGAAGAAGAUAGUUUGCUUGGUCAUGAAGAAAUUAGCAACCAACACACACCUGCCGAUGCAGUUCUAUACCUCGAGGAAUCGUUGGCUAACUUUGAGGAAGAGAGGCUAUCAAUUCUUGAUCAGCUGCGAGUGUUGGAAGAGAAGCUUUUCACUCUGUCCGAUGACGAUGAACAACAACAGCAUUUUGAAGAUAUAAAACCAAUUGGGGAUGUUUAUCAUGAGAAUGGGAAUGGUUACCAUGAAAGUUUUGAUCAUGGCAGUAAAACAGCAAAUGGGAAUGCAAACGGUCAGUCUAAGGAAAUGAAUGGAAAACAUCAUCAGGAAAGUAGAUUCAUGGCUUCAAAAGCAAAGAGACUUCUUCCUCUUUUUGAUGCCAUUGAAGCAGAAAAUGAAGAUGAAGUUUCGAAUGGAAACGGUAAAGAUUUUGAUUAUGUUGCUUUACAUAACUCCUCAAUCAUCGAAUUCGAACCGGACGACAAGAAGUUUUCUAUUGAGGAAGAAGUAGAUCAUGUCUAUGAAAGACUACAAGCAUUGGAAGCAGAUAGAGAAUUUCUUAAGCAUUGCAUAAGUUCAUUGAGGAAAGGAGAUAAGGGAGUAGAGCUUCUUCAAGAGAUUUUGCAACAUCUUCGAGAUCUGAGAAAUGUGGAACUCAGGGUGAAGAAUAUGGGAGAUGGUGUCCUGUAAUGUGUUUUGAAGCUUUAACCAUUGCCAUAUACCAAAAGAAGUUGAUAGGUAAUCAAUCUGCUAUGCCCUUUUUUUUUUAUCUCCAUGGUGCUACUAAAUAUUGCCUAAAUGGCAUGUCAUUUGUUAAUUGAGUUCUUGUCCUUAAUUGGAAAAAUGCAGAUUGAUGCAUAAAAGAGUUGGUCAAAAAAUUAGGAAAAACACCAAAACUAAUGGCGUUUUUUCAAAUCAUAUAAAAGGCUCAACAAAUUUCAUCAAAGUUCAAAUGGGAAGUCCCUGGAUGGAGAGGGAGGAUCCUGGAAUAGUCUCUUUUGGUGGUCAUGGUGGACUACAAAUUCUAGUCUGCCUCUUUUUUCUUUUUUUAUGGUUUUGGUGUCCAAGUAAAGCCCAAAUAUUUGUGGGUUUGUGCCCAUAACCACCUUUUAAGGGAAAGGGGGAUGAUGAGCUUGUGUGUAUGGUAGGGUAAUAAGGUAAAAGCCACCCUAUUAUUUGUAUGUUCUUUGAGGAAAAAGGCUUGGCUUGCAAAGCUGGAGAGAUCCAACAAAGAUUCCAGUGCCAGGUCUAUAGCAUUAGUUUAAUAGAGACCGUUGUAGAAGUAGACAACUUUUUUUCUUUUUUGGGUCAUUUUUUUAUUUUUAUUUUUGGGUAAUGGGGAAGAAGAAAAUAGGGGUAAAUAACCCCUUUUUUCUGUUAUUUCUCCAAUCUUUUGCAUCAUAUGGGGUUUGUUUACUAUUUUGAGGGGGAAAAUAGUCGAGUUACUUGUAUACUACAUGUAUCCAUUUUGUAAGUAUAUAAAGUGAGUGUUUGUUUAUGUUU